CCCAACCCAAGAGAGCACACAGGGCCUCUCUCUCGUCCCACCAAAACCAAUCCACCCAUCCGUCCCUCCACCCGUCGGGGCGAGCGGGCGAGCGCAACCCAUGGCGGGAUCCUCCGCCGUGUACACGUCCUGCAGGCCGCACGCGCGCGCCUUCCUCCUCCACCCCCACCCGGCCGACCAGGCCCAGCGGGGCCUGCUCCCGGCCGCGGCGUGGAGGCGGGGCGGCGCGGCGCCGAGGGCCAGCCUGGUGGCGGCGCGGACGGCCACGGAGGAGGCGGUGUACGAGGUGGUGCUGCGGCAGGCCGCGCUGGUGGAGGACCUGCAGGGGCGCCGGGCGGCGCGGGAGGCCGACGCCGGCCGGCGCCGCCGCUGGCGGGACGAGCAGCUGGAGCAGGAGGGCGACGCCGAGCUCGGCUGGGGCCUCCUCGGCGACGCCUACGACCGCUGCGGCGAGGUCUGCGCCGAGUACGCCAAGACCUUCUACCUCGGCACACAGCUUAUGACUCCUGAAAGGCGCAAAGCCGUUUGGGCGAUCUAUGUAUGGUGCAGGAGAACUGAUGAGCUAGUGGAUGGCCCUAACUCAUCUUACAUCACGCCCAAGGCGCUGGAUCGGUGGGAGAAGAGAUUAGAGGAUCUCUUCGAAGGCCGCCCAUAUGAUAUGUACGACGCAGCCCUCUCUGACACGGCGUCAAAGUUUCCAAUUGAUAUCCAGCCGUUCAGAGAUAUGAUUGAAGGGAUGAGGCUUGACCUUUGGAAAUCGAGGUAUAUGACCUUUGACGAGCUUUACCUCUACUGCUACUACGUCGCUGGCACUGUCGGUCUCAUGACGGUACCGGUGAUGGGGAUUGCUCCGGACUCAAAGGCCUCAGCAGAGAGCGUGUACAAUGCCGCACUGGCCCUUGGCAUUGCCAACCAGCUCACAAACAUCCUCCGAGAUGUAGGAGAAGACUCAAGGAGGGGGAGAAUAUACCUUCCACUGGACGAACUGGCACAGGCGGGUCUGACAGAAGAGGACAUAUUCAGAGGGAAAGUGACGGAUAAAUGGAGGAGGUUCAUGAAGGGCCAAAUCCAGCGCGCCAGGCUCUUCUUUGAUGAGGCCGAGAAGGGUGUCAUGCAUCUAGACUCUGCGAGCAGAUGGCCGGUCCUGGCAUCGCUGUGGCUGUACAGGCAGAUCCUGGACGCCAUCGAGGCGAACGACUACAACAACUUCACCAAGCGGGCUUACGUGGGCAAGGCGAAGAAGUUUCUGUCUCUACCGGCGGCGUACGCGAGGGCGGCUCUUUCGCCAUGAGCAAAGCAAAGCAAAGCAAUCCUGUAGAUCAGAUGUUUUUUUCUUCUUCUUUUUCUUUCUUUUUGUCCUGUCACCCUACAAUGAUUUUUUUUGGCUGUUGUAUAUAUUCAGCUGUAUGUUUGCCAUACGCCCUCGUCGGUAUUUAGGUCAAGGGACCGAUGUCGGGUCCUGCUGUACUGAAAGUCUGAAACACUUGUUACUACCACAGUGGAGAAUCAAAAUUGCUCCAGUUGAAUGAAGAAGAAACAAACGCUCUUUCUUCCUAAAGAGCAGGACCAUCAACA